AUGUCGAUUGUUUUCCUGGCUUUUGUCAGACCAAAGACCCGAAAGACACCUAGAUUGGAAGACUAUGCGCUUGAGAAUAUCAGUCUAGUAUCAAGUACCUUGGCAUCGAAGAGACAGGAAAUCCUAGGCAUUGAAGCUUCGGCGUUGAGUUUAGCAAGAAUGGGCACAAUGACCGCAAUCCUUUAA